GGGGGGGGGGGUGCUCCUCCCUCCAUAGAUGUUCUACAGUACAGGAAUGACGUCAGGCUUCCAACAAACUCUCCCGAAGUCCCGAAGGGUACGCUGCGCCCUGCUAUUAAAGCAAGCUAUCAGAUGCAAUGAGUGGCCAAAGCAGAGUGGCAAAACACUCAAUGCACUCAAGCCGUUAAUACACGGCGUUAUAAAUGUGCAGUUAUCAGAAUGGCAACGACCAAGUCGCAGUGCAUUAGAAUUCUAGCCUACUAAAGACCAUACGUUUUGUCGUAGCACAGUGUAGUACAACAAUAGUUAACUUUUUAAUGACCGUUACAGCGUUUCACCCGUGGAACGGCGUGCGUUAUGGGAAGCAUUCAGCCAGAUGUUUAGACGAGAGUUAGUCUAUCUAUUAUUGAUUGCCUGUGUUUACUUGGUUCGCUGGGGCGGACCUUCUCAGAUAUUCCCCAGUUGAAUGAGCUGUAUGGCUAUCUCAUGAAGAGGAGAGGAGCUCUAGUCAGAGUGCGAGGUGGUGCGUCCCUGGCUGCGUCCAAGCGUGCGUUCUUGCGUGGGCAGGUUGUGGGGGGUACACCGCCGCCCCUACGUCAACAGGACACUUCGAGUUUGAACCCUCCACCGGCGGGUCUACAGCAACCGAUUCAUAGUGGACGGCGUUAAACAGAGCCGCUGCACCAACAGACGCAAUGAUCUUUAAAUUCGUCUGCGCUAUAGUGACCAGGUCUUUGUUUAUUUUGGUGUCACUAAUAGGCGUUUUGAGGGUAACGUGGGUCAAAAAUGACUGGAAGUACUGGUUGCUCGCCAUUCUCUACCUACCUCUUGUUAUUGAAAUGAUAAUAACUUUGAAACGCAGGAAAGGAAAAGACUACAAGUGGUUCUCUCCGGCGAUCCUACUGUUUCUCAUCAGCAUCAUUCCUUCCAUAUGGAUUCUGGAGCUACAUCACCAGCAGAACAGAGCCAGUGAACCGCAGUGCAAGAAGCUGGAUUCCUGGGAAAAUGUGCGAAGUAUGAUGAACAUCAACUUCACUGUGGGGAACCAAACACUAAAGAAUGUAGCUGAGGUCGUCUCCUCGAGUAUGGACCAGCUCUUCACUAAGGUCUGCCCAAAUGAUUGGAUUCUGGCCUUACACCAAGUGAUCCUCAUCCUGGUCAUUGUAGGCAAAUGGCUCCUCCCCAUUGGGGGCGGGGUGACGCGUGACGAGCUGUCACAGCUGCUCCUCAUCUUUGUCGGUACGGCGGCAGACAUCCUGGAGUUCACCAGCGAGACCCUGUCCGACGUCAAGGACAACAAUCCUCAGCUAGUGUAUGUGAUCCUGGGAGUGUGGACUUGGAGCAUGCUGCAGUUCCCUUUACAUUUAGCAGUGGUGACUUCUCGGGCGCAGGAGUGUGAUGGUGAGGCGGAGGCCAUGACAGGGGGCGGCUCCACCCGGGGUUCGGUCUCAGAGGCCACAGCAGGGUCGUCCCCGGCGUUGGGGUCAUCGUCAGGAGCCGGUUGCUGUGGCAACAAGCUGUUGUCGCGGCACAGCACCGACCUCUGGAACAUCGUGGAGAGCCUUUUCCUGCAGGACGGCCCGUUCCUAGUGGUGCGCAUGGCCGUCAUGACACACUUUGACGUUUUUCACCAGAUUCUGGUCUUCUUCGCCAUCAAGAACCUGCUGGUGGUACUGCUGAACCUCUACAGGCUGCUGGUCAUAUGCCAAGACUACAAGCCCUCACUAGACACACCACUACCAUAGGCACACACACACACACACGGAAUUGUAAUGUCACAUUGAAAUUAAGUGAUCUUACACACGCAUGCGCUAGGGUGCAUCAAACAUGAAAACUUCGCAAAAUUCCACUCUGCUCUCGCUAGCAGUAUUGUUCCUUAUCACUAGCAUAACUUCUUUGUAAAUUUCUAGCAAAUUUGAUUGAUGUUAAAGGGUGGCACAAUAGGCUUGAAAGUUUGAAUUGUAGUGAAUGGGCAUAUUUAGCUAAAUCUCGGCAAAGUGUAUUUUGAGACUGUUUUGAUCAAAAAUAGUAAGGACAGGCCCUACUGUGGCUGAUAUGGUAGGGCAUUAGUCUACUACGCGGCCGACCUGGGUUCGAUUUCCGGCUCGGGUCCUUUGCCGACCCUUUCCCGUCUCUCUCCCAACUCGCUUCCUGUCUCCACUUCACUGUUCUGUCUGAGAAAAAAACAAUAAAGGCUUGUAAAGCCCCCAAAAAAUACUUCAAAAAGUAAGGACAGUCAUUUGGAAGAAUGCUCCAGUUGCUUUUCCACUUACCCAGGACAUCAAAAAUCCCCAAAAUGGCUAAAGGAUGGAUACAUGGGUUUUCGAACAUGGCUAAAAGAUUAGCAAAUGGGGGCUAAAACCUUGGUAAAGGAAGACUCUAAAAUCAGGCACUGGGAAUUUCAAAUCUAGGAAAGUGGAAAAGGAACUGAAGCAUUCUUCCAAAUGGUUCUCUUCACUAGUUUUGAUAAAAUAGUGUAAAAACACACUUAUCAUUGAUUUUGCCAAAAAAACACACUGCCCUUUAACAUUGAUUAAGAUUUUACAAAGAUGUUGUGAUAGCACAAAGGAACAAUACUGCAAAAGCAGAACAGGAUUUUCAAAACUUGGGGCAUGCACCCUAGCAUGCGCGCGCAUACACACACACACACACACACACACACACAUGAAAUUGUAAUGUCACAUUGAAAUGGAAUUACCUUACCCUCAUAUA